AUGUCUGGCUAUAUGCUUGGGAGAGAACUGAAACAGUUUGUUACGUUAAAUAAACUUAAAAGCCCAGUUUGGAUCAAUCUACAUUCACUUCUGCAUUCGACCAGUGCUCUCGGUCAGCAGAACUGGAUUUACGGUGAAAUGGCACCCCCAAAUGUGAUGUACGCUUUGAAGGAACUGCCUAUGACCAGACAAUUUAGUGUGUUUGAUCGCGUCGCGAUUGUCACCACUGACGGGCACACGAUCAGGACCAAUACAGACAAGAAACAGUACGGAUUCGUUUGUGGAUAUCGGGACUACAUUCAAACCAAUAGGCUACUAGUUCAAACUGAACUAUUUCUCACGGACCCUCCACACAAGGAAGUGAACUUUCACGCCACUUCAGAUGACACACAGGGCUGCUUUGAAUAUCACUUGCACAUCACAAUGAUAGCAUGCGCUUUGAAGUGCCAUUUACAUGCCAUGUGUCGCACAUUCUACUACAAACCUGAACAUCGCAAGUGCAUUCACACGCUGUUCGUGGAAUCGCUGAUGCCAGCAAGCGAGCAAGCUUUGAGCCCGGAGGCGGCACGACGAUUUCGUCGUCCGGACUGGAAUAUUCUUAUUCGAAGGAUAGAUGUUAUCUAA